UCGUCUGUUUCCGUCUCUCACUGCGGCUCUGUCUGUGUGUCAAAAUGGCGAAAUUCGGUGAUUUAAAAUCCUUUCUUGAAUCUUCAUUAAAUGAAAUUUUCCGCGCGACUGUCAGCGAUAUUCUGGAUUCAGUGGAUCAAACUCUGACGCAAUAUCAGCGCAAAAUGCAGCGAAUGGAGUCUGAAAAUGAAGAUUUGAGAAAGCGACUGUGUGCAAAAGAGGAAACGACAAAGCGCGUCAAAACAGAGAAUGAAGAGGAUGUUGUGGCUCAGUUAACAGAAGAUCUGUUUCUAUCCACACGUAAAAGUGAACCCAGAUAUCAAACUAUGAUCACCAGAGAUUUACAGACCAACAGAUCCCAAAGCCCACAGGAGCUUAACAAAGACCGUUCCACAAGUACACGUGUGACUCUAAAGCCUGACCCUGAUGCUGAGGACGGCCGUGCGGUCGAUCUGUCCAUGUCUCACACUUCACCUAAACACGCAUAUAAAGAUAUUGAAACUGAGCAAGGUGCGGAAGGUUGUGUUGAUUUUAAAUGUCCUCGGGAGAUGCUCGAUGACUACGACAGUAAUGUUAAAGUCACCAUAUUGUCAGAUGAGAUGUAUUGUGAUGGUGAGGACGAUGACCACAAAGCAGAUGCUCAUUCACAGGAUGAAGCACGGGAUCUGUAUGAGACAGAACCACGGAGUCCAGACGUAUUUUCGGAGGAGGGGUUUUCUGGGAUAUUCCAGGUGACAGAAUCUCCACCAAAAUCGCAAGCAUUCACACUGAAGUCGACUUACAAUUGCAGUCAGUGCAAUAAGAGCUUCAAGCAUGAAGCGUCACUCAACAUUCACUUGAGAGCUCACUUGAGCAGCGAGAAGCCGCUCAUCUGUAGCUUUUGUGGAAAGGGUUUCGACCGAGCCGAUAUCUUUAAGAACCAUCUGCGCACGCACACUGGAGAAAGACCCUUCGCCUGCGACCUGUGCGGCAAGAGCUACGGCCAUCAGAGCCAGCUGCGCAUACACAAGAGGAUUCACACGGGCGAGAGGCCGUACUGUUGUUCGUACUGUGGAAAGCGAUUCAACGAACACAAUCAACUCAAAGUCCAUUUACGAACCCACACGGGCGAAAGGCCGUACAGCUGCAGCGUGUGCGCCAAGACCUUUUCCAAUGCCGGUAAUCUCAAGAGUCACCUGAGGGUCCACACCGGAGAGAAGCCGUACAGCUGCGGCCAGUGCGGCAAGAGCUUCAAUGGAAUGGGAGACCUUAAAACUCACUUCAGGAUCCACACGGGCGAAAAGCCGUACCAGUGUGAACUGUGCACAAAGACGUUCAGCCAGGCCGGACAUCUGACCAUCCACAAGCGCAUGCACACGGGAGAGAGGCCGUACAGCUGCGACGAGUGCGGCAAGCGCUUCACUGUGGCCAGCAGUCUGAAACUGCACCAGUUAACUCACACCGGAGAAAAACUACACAACUGCUCGCAUUGCGACAAGAGCUUCAGCAGAGCCUGUCACCUGAAGAGACACGAGCUGGUCCACACCAAAGAGAAGCUCUACUCCUGUUCGCACUGCGGCAAAAGAUACAGCGACCAGUCUUCUAUGAAGAAACACCAAAAACAACACAACACGGAAACACAGCAAUGUGAAGACACUAGCAACACUGCUCAACACUUAACAGAGUAGACACCAGGAAUCAUCAUCAUCAUCAUGAACUGGAAAACAUGUGAUAAUAUUGACAAAUACAUGACAUGUGUACAAACAGCGUGAUCUUGAUUCCUCCGCAGUGAUGUUUGUUGUAAUAUUUUGUUGCGAACUACACAACACACAAUUUUUUGUUGGCACUUGCCUAAUAUAGAUAAUAUAAUCAGUUUGUAAUUAAACUAGCUAUAACAUAAUUUAUUUGUGGCAUUCUAAUGUGUGCAUGACAUGCCAACCAGGACUGUGAAUGAACAUUCAGCCCUACAUUUCUCCUCUUAGCAGAAUGAUAAACAAAUAAGAUACUAGAACACUUAUCUUUACAUGAUGGAUGUUAAUGAUGUUUCAUUCAUUCUAAUCAAUAAUAAAUCCUAUUUAUGCUGCACAA